AUGAACUCCUCAAAGAUCAUCAAUUUCAUUAUUGCAAUUUUCUUGCCACCAUUGGCUGUCUUCCUAGCCCGUGGUUGGGGUAUUGAAUGUAUUAUUGACAUUGUGUUAACAAUCUUUUUUUUCUUCCCAGGUAUGCUAUAUGCCUUCUACUGUGUAUUGUUCGACUAA